AUGAUGCAUGGUAGAAGAGUUCUACUUGUGGUGGAUAAUUGUCCAACACAUCCAAGAAAUAUUGAAGGGCUAAGAAACGUUGAGUUGUUCUUCUUGCCACCCAACAUGACAUCAAAGAUUCAACCUUGCGAUGCUGGGAUAAUAAGAGCUUUCAAGAUGCAUUACUGUAGAAGGUUUUACUGCAAAAUAUUGGAAGGUUAUGAGGUGGGACAAUCUAAUCCAGGGAAGAUAAAUGUCCUUGAUGCUAUCAAUUUGGCAAUCCCAGCUUGGACGAUAGAUGUUCAAAAAGAAACAAUAGUGAAUUGCUUCCGACACUGUAAAAUUCGUUCAGCUAGUGACGUUGCAAGAAAUUUGGAUGAAUCCAUUUUUGAUGAAGAAAAUCAAGACCUCGAGACUAUGAUCAAUCAAUGUGGCUAUCAUAAUAAGAUGGAUAUCGACAAUCUAAUGAACUACCCAGGUGAAAAUGAAGCAUGUUCGAAGGUUCAGAGUUUAGAAGAUGUUGUGGGUACUAUCAUUGAGAGCAGUGAAGAGGAUGACGGUGAAGAUGAUACGGUGUCUUUGGAGCCUGUUACGCGAAAGGAAGCACUUAUGGCGUCGAACACUCUUCACAACUUUAUGAUACAAUACAAAAAUACAACACCUGAGCUAUUGGAUGCAAUAAGAAAAAUUAGAGAUGAGGUCCAAAUAGACUUGAACUUUAAAGGAAAACAGACAACUAUUGAAUCAUAUUUCAAUAGAGUGUAA